AAAGUGGCAUUGUGUGAAUGGUUUCCGGCUGGUAAUACUGGGUCAGCGGCUUCGAGGGAAAAGGUCACGAUCGGGUAAUUAAGGUAAAGCGGUGUGUUUGUCCUUUUGUUUUCCCACAGGGGUUGUCUUGUCGUUCCCAGCCAGACAGGUAAUUUUCCCGCAGAGCAAUAGACGACACAGCCGUCUACUUUCCCUCUGGGACAUUCAAGGACUCUUCACUUGUAUGCGUUGGUCAGUAAUUGGUGACAGGGUGUGUAGUAUGUUGUAGGUUAGCUUUGACCACAUGUUUCACUCUUCUAUUUCCCGCACUGUCACAUAGGUCGAAACUCUGACAGCGUGGCCACUUCAUUGGACGAUGCUUGAUCACAUGACAACAGCCGCUUGUAGACCGCCACGAUGACAGACUACUGUCAGAAUGUAAUAAAAUUGACUAAGUGUCCCACAAUGCAGAAAACAUUUUACGAUCCACAUCAAACAUCUAACUGUUUGGGGUUUUACAAUCAACCAACAGUCAUGACCAACGGGUUUGGUGGUUACGUCUCCGAAACGCUACAACAACCACAACAGCGGUUUUAUGACUCACCCUACUCGAACGAAAACGUGCAGUAUGGACACCAUUCGUACACUGUACACGACCAGCAACAACAGAUUGCUAUGAACAUCGUACAGCAAAGUGGGCUCUGUUCAACGACUCCGUCACCACCACCACCACCACAUCUGUCUACAUCGUACGGCGACCUUCUUCAAACGACCGACGGCAACUAUCGCCUACAGCAUCCUCAGCAGUUUGUUAAUCAAGUCAGUACACUUCCGGAGAUUCAGAAAAAGAUCUAUCCGUGGAUGUGUGAUUCCAGGCCAACAUCCAAGCAGAAACAUUUCACCGCACGAAGCCAUCCCCAUCACGCCGAGGCAGUAGCAGAACAGCCUAUCAAGAGAGCAAGAACGGCUUAUACGAGCGCUCAGUUGGUAGAGUUGGAGAAAGAAUUUCAUUUUAAUCGUUAUUUGUGUCGACCCCGCCGUGUUGAGAUGGCAAAUCUGUUAAGCCUAACUGAGCGACAGAUCAAGAUAUGGUUCCAGAAUAGACGGAUGAAAUACAAGAAAGAACAAAAAAAUAAGGGUCUUCAGGAAAAGUCUCCUAGUCCUCACUCAGGAAGUACUACUAAUUCCCCAUUACCACUCCCCACAAGCCCUGCCAACGUUGCUACAGCAUCUUCAGCAAGUAGUGUCUCCAUGGCUACCCCAGCCUCGACCUCCUCACAAACGAAAAACGCCCAAAUUCUUCAUUCCUCUCAAACGCUAAUAACCGACGUUUCUUGCGGCGCCAGCACAUCAGAUAGCUCCUUUCUUGUUCCUCCCAGUUGCCAACAACAAAACAGACAACGACAACCGGAAGGGUCUUCUUCUGCUGUUGUCAUAACGCCUUACGUUCAGGUUCCGACGAAUCUUGUCGUCCCUCAAGAAUUUCAUUCUCUUCAAAUGACACUUAAUCCCUUUUCUAACCAUCCUUCAGAUUCAGAAGUAGCCUCAUUUGAUCCAGCAACGUUCCAUGGAAACUUACCGUCCAUCCAGUUACAAGACGAACUUCCACAACAGCGAAUCCACCCCAACAGUGUCACCAUCCCUGAUUCUCCUGCUAACUUACCCCCAUUUCUUGUCGCCUCUCAAAGUCCACAGGUCCAGAACUAUCAUUCCACCGCACCGUCAAUGGCGCAUCCUCAGCUUCAGGUUCACACUUAUUGCCAGCCCCAGCAAUUCACCAAGAUGGACGACUGGAUGCAACAACAACAUCAAACAUUUCAACAGUACUGCCCAAGAAUUUCGUCCGUUACGGCUCCACCCAAACUUACCCAUUUUUAAGAUCCCAUGUAAUUAUUUUAAAUAUGUAUUUAUUCUACGGAUGUAAAAUAGCUGUACAUUUAGUAUAUUUUUUAUUUGUAUUGACGAUAUACAAGGAACUGUAUGAAGUUGUGUUGCUAAUUUAAAAUUCCAUUUUUUGGUUAGUUCAUUAUAUAGGACUUCUUGAAGCAAAUGGGUGUUCAGAGAUAUAUUAUGUAUCAGCCGUUGUCGAAGCUUGUCACUCUAUGUAAUGGCAACAUGACACCAGAGUUAAGGAUUGUUAAAUUCACUUUAUAUAAGGUAUUAAGAGAGCUACCCCUGUCAUUAUAAUGAGAUACAUAAAUCCUGUUAGAAAGUUCAUAACAAUCUGUAUAACUCUGUACGUGUAAGAAACUUGCAUAUUAAUUAUGUAUUAUCUAAUACAACUUGUUCUUCGUGCAAACAACACAACUGGUUUAAAACGACAAAUGAAAACUAAUGCACGUUAAAUGGUUUCAUAAUUGAAGGUUUCUGUAGUGUUCAGUCAACCUGUGAAACAGAUUUCAGAAUGAAUUGCAUAAAAAUUUAAAUAACAUGUGCAUAAGUAAAUGUAAAACAACUAUUUCAUUCUUGCUAAUAGGUUAGUUUUCUAAGCAUGUUUCUGUUGAAUGAUAUACCAAUUUAAACUUAAUGGUGUUGUUAGGAAACGUUUUUAUACUUACAAAUUAUCUUGGGAUUGUUUAACAAAAAUUCAAAUAUUUUUGUUUUGUUUUUAUAUGCUGCUAUGUUUGCCAUGUUAACAUGGCCGAACCAAUACUGAUUAUUUUACACGAUAUGGACGGAACAUGGUGAAUUACUGACCCUAGCAUCUACAGGGGUAAAAUCAAUUUGUGUUUUGACAAACAAAAGAUGGCCUAGGCUUUCACAGUCUGGGGAACCGGAAACAAUAUCUGAACUAGUUUGUUUCUACACAAAAACUUGUCAGUGUCCACAUGCAGUAAUUAUGAAGGAUGAGGUAUGGAUAACUUGGUAGGGAACGCCCCUUUUGGUCGGUAAUCAUUCCAGCUCCGGAAACCAGAUCGCUUUCUUGUAAUAGCACAUGUGCGUUAAGGAACUCGAACUGAUCACACACAUUUGGUUAGUAACUUUUACCGAAUUCAUCGAUCUUGUUGUUACUCAGAGUUUAUUUAAUGCAUUUCUAGCAAAAGAUAAAAUAGGCAAAAGUUUUCAACGUCAGAAAACUCACAAGUGUCUGUAUUUUGCACGUGAAUGUUUAUCUGAAACUAAAAGUUACUGCUUUGACGAGAUAACCAUCAGAAACUUCUGACGACAUAGGAUAUGCUUAUCUACAGUACCAGUCUCUACCACUAAACAAAUAUCUGCUUUAUUAUUGGAUAGUAGAGUUGUAGCAGUGAGCACCCACGUUCCGCUUUGCUUACCCUGAUCCGUCCUGUGCUUGUCAAUCAAACUGGUAAUAUUAGACUAAGCCUGUGGUCACCGGCCGCCCUUUCUGUCCCAUUCCCAGAACGUGACCUGCCAAUCAUUCCUUGCACCCAACCCACCUCAUCUUUCCUCUUAUCACUAACAUGUAAGUUACAACAGAGCUCUUUCAAUACUGAAGAUCGCUUGUGUUGGAAACUUCUAACUAAACCUUAAAACUGAGAUAAAACAAAGAAAUGAAGUAGAAGUGACAGUUAAAAUCAUUCAUAAGAAGAGAACACAUUCGAAAUUAUAAAGAUGACAUAACACUUGGGAAUUAUAGCUGAAACAAAGAAAAAUAGAUACUUAAAAACAUUAUACCAUACAUUAAACACUUUGGACGUCCUUUAUUUUCAACAGAAUUUUAAAUAAACCGACAGUGAUAACCUUGAUAUGAACAAAGAUAUUUAAAAAAUCUGUUUUUGCAGCUGAUUUUAGGCCAUACAAAUUCAUUGUGAAAAAUAAUAUAUGUAAAGUUACAGCAAGAGAAAUAUAGAAAGACCAACAACAUUGUACUAGACUAGUCUUGUAUAUGAAGAGUAAUUUUAUAGCUACUUCUAUGAUAUAUAUAUAAAAUCAAAAGCUUCCAGCCUUUAGGAAUACCAUCCAACCUUCAAACCUCCAUCUCAAAUGUUUCAUAACUCCGGAAUGUGCUUCCAGUUAUAUGAAAAUAUUGGAUAGAUUCUCGGAUAACCAAAGUUUAAGAUCUUGAGGAGGCAAAUGAACUUGCCUUACAGAAUUUAUUGUUUUCCACUGAUAACUUUUCAAAAUGUCGUCUACAAAUUGCUUCAUUAUCGAAAUUUAUUAUAAAUAUCGAACAUCUCAAAAAUUGAUCACGUGACCUUACUCCCUAAGAGUUGUUUUUUUUUUCUUCAUUUUAACCCUCUGGAAGAGGGAAUACUGAGAAUAUUUUAUGUCUGAAAUCUGAACAAUGUUUACCAAUAAAUGACUCAGGGUUCUGAAGAAAUAGGGUAUCUAAAGUCAUGCAAGAUUGUGUGUUCUGUUGUUGUUCGUCAAGACGUUCUGUGUACGAUGGCUUAGGAUAGUGAAUAACGCCUAAUUAUAAUAAUAUAUUAUCGUUUUAAUGAAUGGAUUAGGCGAUUUCGUUUUAUGAGUGAAUUUAAAAAUAAUUACUUUGCUAAUUUAAAACAUUCAAAUAUGAAAUAACGUGUGAAUGAAAGAAAUUGUUCUGUUAAUAAUAACGAUUCUUCUAUCAUUGUUCUUGUUGAAAGAAACAAUACUUAAAAUACAUUUUAACGAUGGCUAGAUAUGCUUAAAUUGAUAAAACAGUGUCUAUUUCAGUUAUGAAGUUGUAUACACUUGAGUUUAGACAAGGGCGCGAGUAGCCCUGCUGUAGAACUCGGAAUUUCGGACUUUGGAGCCGUGUUCGAGUGCCAGUCAAUCUCAUAGCGUGGAUGUUGGCUGGUAGAAUGCUGCUGACUGGCUGUCUUCCUUCUGGUCAGUAGCUCAAAAUUAGGGUCGGCGGCAGAUAACCUUAGUUAAUACAGUUAUGGCAAAAUGUACAGAAUGUUGUAAUAAUAAUAAAUUUAUACAAGAAAAUGCACUUAAUCGUUUCAUUCGUUAUUUUCUUCCAAAUAUGAGUAUUAAAGAGCAAACGUUAUGAAAUCACAUCCACGUUUGUAAAUUGUAUAAGCUUAUUAUAAGUCUUCUUGAUUUAACAUAGUUGUAAUAAACACAGAAAAUGUCACACAUUGGCAAAGUUAAUAAAUCUGGA